AUGACUACACCAGAUUCUCGGGUCAUCAUUGUUGGCGGUGGCGUGUUUGGACUGAGCACAGCUUUGUGGCUCGCCCGCGGAGGUUACAAGGAUGUGAUGAUAUUCGAUCGGUGUGACUUCGAAAAAGAUUUAUACAACCCGUCUAGUAACUGCGAUGGAGCCUCUGCUGAUAUCAAUAAGAUCUUUCGCGCUACAUAUGGACAGCAAACCCACUCCCAAGACCUUGCUUUGGAAGCUAGAAAUAUUUGGCUUCAAUGGAACAAAGAGAUAAGGCAGAGCAGCCCAUCUGAACUUCCAGAACCACUCACCCCGCAGGAUCAGUUGUUGCAUCUUUGUGGAGUUUACCAUCUGGCAGAUGGCCCUGAAAUGAUCGAUCGUUAUGUUGAGAACCUUAAGAUUAUGAAAGACACUGCGCCUAGUUUCCGUGACCUCCAAUUUGUGAAGGAUAGCCCUGAAGACGAAAAACGCGCCGCGGACUUGGGCCCAGAGUGGGCUAAGAAACACCAUCUAUUCGACCAUUUCAGAAAUAACCGAACGAAUGGCUUUCUCGAUGCGGGAUCCGGAGUCACCCUUGCGGACAAGGCAUGUGUAUACGCGCGUCAUUUAUGUCUGAAGGCCGGUGUGAAAUUCGUUCUAGGCCGCCCUAAAGGAGAACUCGAACGUCUGCUUAUCGAUCAAUCGAGCCAGGGAAAGCGGGUACAAGGGAUUCAAACCCGUGAUGGUCAGAGCCAUUUUGCUGACAUUAUUAUCGUCGCCUGUGGCCCUUGGUCAUCAUCUGUGGUUCCCGAAGCUCAUCGCUCUGUUGAAGCCACGAUGGGAACACUGAUGUUUAUCGAUGUUCCGAGUAAUAGGCAAGAUCUUCGAGAGCGAUUUCAUCCCGACAACUUCCCCAUUUGGCGCUUUUUGGAAGGGGAAGGAGACUCGGCUUAUGAGGGAGGCGGCUUCCCAAUAACCAGAGAAGGACGGCUGAAGUUCGGAUUCCGAGCUCGGAAGUUCACAAACUUCCAGGAUCACCCAAAAGAAAAUAAAUUGCGAAUUUCAACCCCGCGGACGAAGUAUAGCUCAGAGCCGAUCAACACUGUUCCUUUGUACGGACUCCAGCGUAUGAAGCGAGUGAUCGGUGGUCUCUUCCCUGAACUGAAAGAAAUUGGCUUCACUGAUAGCCGGUUAUGCUGGUAUACGGAUAGUAUUGACAACGAGUUUGUUAUUGACUACGUUCCUGGCUAUUCCGACUCCCUGUUUAUCUGCACUGGUGGCUCUGGCCAUGGAUUCAAAUUCCUUCCAAUUCUGGGCAAGUACGUGAAGAACCAACUGGAGAAAACACCAGACCGCUUCACCCCACUCUGGAAGUGGCGGUCAGUCCAGGAGGGGAAGCCAUGCAAUGGACUGGAAGAGGGUGAGAAUGGCCCUCGUGAGAUGUCCAAGCUAGAGCUGGCAAAGCGUAAGUGUUACAAGCCAUUGAUAUACGAAGCGUUACUAACCGAAGAGCCAAUAACUAGCCGAAGAUUUCAAGUUCCCUACCGAGAGCUUUUUGUAAACCUGGGUUACAAGGAUAUUGACGAAUUCCCUAGCAAGUAA